AUGUUUUCGUGGUUCUUCCCUAACGUACAGAAAUUCCCGGCUUUUAUUUUUGCUGUUGGUCGAAUUGCGGUGCAAAAAUGUUUAAUUUUCUCCCUGCAGCGGCUUAAAUCAAAAAUCUCGAUUUUCCAAAAUCUGCACUAAUUUUUCCCAAUUUUUUUGACAAUGAAUUUUAAAAUGCAGUAUUUUUUUGAACUGAAAUUCGAGCCAAAGCAAAAAAAAAAAUCCGGGAACUUCUGUGAUCAUCUUAAUUUGCAACAAUUUUGAGCAUCUUUAGAUGAUUCCUCGUCACUCUUUGGUGGUUAGUCGGCGAUCUAUCUCGCAAAGUCGUGUCUUGGCCGUUGAAACCGUGAAGAAUUGGUUGGAUGGGAAGGCUGUUGAAUCAAAGGCUCAGAAAUGGAUUGAUCUUACCAAUCCCGUACGUUUUGAUGUCCUUUAAAAAUCUUUAUUUGUAGGCUACCAACGAAGUGAUUGGUAAAGUUCCUCAUACAACCCAAGAUGAGUUACACGCUGCAGUCGAUUCUUGUAAAAAGGCAUUCCAAACCUGGAAGAACACAUCCAUCUUGACGAGACAGAAGUGUAUGCUGGAUUUACAGGCCUUGAUAAGAAGGGAUCUGAAGAAAAUUGCGGAAAAUAUUACAUACGAACAGGGAAAGACAUUGCCCGACGCUGAGGGAGAUGUGAUUCGAGGUCUUCAGGUGGUUGAACAUGCUUGCAGUGCCCCGUCUCUCCUUUUGGGAGAACAUCUUUCAAAGUAGGGCUGUUCAUUAUGUGGUUGUUUGUUUGAUUAUCGUUUUUUUUUUAUUGUUCUCUUUGUAGCGUAGCCAAAGACAUGGACACAUUCAGUGUUAGACUUCCCCUGGGAGUGACCGCUGGAAUCUGUCCCUUCAAUUUCCCCGCCAUGAUCCCACUUUGGAUGUUCCCAUUGGCUGCAGUUGCUGGAAAUACGAUGGUUCUCAAGCCUUCAGAACAAGACCCUGGAGCCACCUUAAUGCUUGUACAGUUGGCUAAAGAGGCUGGAGUGCCUGAUGGUGUCGUUAAUGUUGUCCACGGUCAGCAUGAUUGCGUAAACUUUAUCUGUGACAAUCCAGAUAUUAAAGCUAUCUCAUUUGUAGGAAGUGACCAAGCGGUAAGCCUAAUGGUCAAAAGAAAAUUUACCACUGACUUUUACUGUUAUUCAGUGUUGUUGAUUAUAGGGUAAAUAUAUCUAUGAACGAGGAAGUAAGAACGGAAAACGAGUACAGUCUAAUCUGGGAGCCAAGAACCACGGUGUUGUCCUUCCGGAUGCCAACAAAGACGCUACUCUCAAUCAGUUGACUGCUGCCGCAUUCGGAGCUGCUGGACAGAGGUGCAUGGCCUUGUCUACCGCAGUCUUCGUCGGAGAAUCAAGGAAGUGGAUCCCCGAGUUGGUCGAAAAGGCCAGAAAACUGAAGGUCGGUCCUGGAUGGAAGCCGGACACGGAUAUUGGACCUGUUAUCUCAAAGGCGUCCAAACAGAAAAUCCUGGGCUUAAUCGAUUCCGCCAAGAAACAAGGAGCUCAGGUUCCUUUGGAUGGAUCCGACAUUUCUGUGAAUGGAUUCGAAAAUGGAAACUUUGUGGGAGCUACUGUAAUUACUGGAGUGAAGCCGAAUAUGGAUUGUUACAAGGUAAGAUUUUAUUUGAAUGGACUGAAAAUAAGAAUUUCAGGAAGAGAUCUUUGGACCCGUCCUUGUUGUUCUCGAGGCCGAGACUCUCGAUGAAGCGAUCGAUCUCAUCAACAAGAACCCCUACGGAAACGGAACUGCCAUCUUCACGACAAGUGGAGUCGCUGCUCGCCGUUUCACUAAUCUGAUCGAUUGUGGCCAAGUAGGAGUAAAUGUACCUAUCCCAGUUCCCCUUCCCAUGUUCUCCUUCACCGGUAGCCGAGGUUCUUUCCUUGGAGAUGCCAACUUUUAUGGCAAAGCUGGUCUUCAUUUCUACACUCAAUGGAAAACCGUUACUCAAUUGUGGAGAUCAGAAGACGCCUCUCAAGAAUCUCGACCUCAGAUGGCGUUCCCUCAGCUAAAGUAA